GGAGAGGAGGAGGAGGAGGAGGAGGAGGAGGAGGAGGAGGAGGAGGAGCCGCCGCCUCGCCCUCUCGCUCCUUCUCUCGGUUGCACCCAGAGCAGAGCUAACCCAGUGCUGCAGAGCUGAUCCAAAGGACAUUAUUGUUUGUGGAAAAGCUCCCAGGAACUUCACUACAGCCUGGACCUGUUCUUUAGACCUGCCUGCUGCAAACCAGCUCGUGCUUACGUUUGUAGUGUUUGCUCUAGGUUGUAUGGUUGCACUCUGGAAAUGGGAUGUCAGUCCCAUUCAGGGAGCAUAAAGGAAGAAAGAAAAUCUCCCCGUUGCUGCCGCAGUGACAGCGAGUGAGAGCCCGAGCAGGAAGAUGUCGACAGUCGCCUCAGCGAUCCAGGCUCCUCAGGGCCCUGUGAAUCCGCCGCCUCCAGAGGUGACAAAUCCCAAUAAACCUGGCCGGAAGACCAACCAGCUGCAAUAUAUGCAAAAUGUUGUGGUGAAGACCUUGUGGAAGCAUCAGUUUGCUUGGCCUUUCUACCAGCCUGUUGAUGCAAUUAAACUGAAUUUGCCGGAUUAUCACAAAAUAAUAAAAAACCCCAUGGAUAUGGGGACAAUCAAGAAGCGCCUGGAACACAACUAUUACUGGAGUGCCAGUGAAUGUAUGCAGGAUUUCAACACCAUGUUUACAAACUGUUACAUUUACAACAAGCCCACAGAUGACAUUGUCCUCAUGGCCCAAGCCCUGGAGAAGAUAUUCCUGCAGAAGGUUGCCCAGAUGCCUCAGGAGGAGGUGGAAUUGCUGCCCCCAGUUCCUAAAGGCAAAGGCCGCAAGCCCUCAGCGGGCACACAGAGCGCAGGAGCGCAGCAAGCCGUGGCCGUGUCCUCCGUGUCCCCGCCGGCCCCGUUCCAGAACGUCCCUCCAGCCGUGUCUCAGACGCCCGUCAUCGCUGCCACCCCCGUGCCAACCAUCACCGCCAAUGUCCCGCCUGUCGCCGCCCCUGCCGCCGCCGCCCCGCCCCCGCCCGCCGCUCCGAUCAUGCCCGUGGUGCCUCCCACGCCCCCGGUCGUCAAGAAAAAGGGAGUGAAGCGGAAAGCAGACACCACCACCCCCACCACGUCUGCCAUCACUGCCAGCAGGAGCGAGUCCCCCACGCCGCUCUCGGACCCCAAACAGGCCAAAAUCAUCGCGCGCAGGGAGAGCGGCGGCCGCCCCAUCAAACCACCAAAGAAGGACCUGGAGGAUGGAGAGGUCCCGCAGCACGCAGGGAAGAAGGGCAAACUCUCGGAGCACCUCAAGUACUGUGACAGCAUCCUCAAGGAGAUGCUCUCCAAGAAGCACGCAGCCUACGCGUGGCCCUUUUACAAGCCCGUGGAUGCAGAGGCCUUGGAAUUACAUGACUAUCACGAUAUUAUCAAACACCCCAUGGAUCUCAGUACUGUGAAAAAAAAAAUGGACAGUCGGGAAUACCAGGAUGCACAAGGUUUUGCAGCAGAUAUUCGGUUAAUGUUCUCGAAUUGUUACAAGUACAAUCCUCCAGACCACGAGGUGGUGGCCAUGGCCAGGAAGCUCCAGGAUGUCUUUGAGAUGAGGUUUGCAAAAAUGCCCGAUGAGCCUGCAGAGGCCCCCCCUCCACCUCCCCCAACAGCCCCAGUGGUGAGCAAAAGCACAGAGAGCAGCCACAGCAGCGAGGAGAGCUCCUCAGACUCCGACAGCUCCGACUCCGAGGAGGAGCGGGCGACUCGGCUGGCCGAGCUCCAGGAGCAGCUGAAAGCCGUCCAUGAGCAGCUGGCUGCACUGUCCCAAGCGCCAGUGAACAAACCAAAGAAAAAAAAAGAGAAGAAGGAGAAAGAGAAGAAAAAGAAAGAUAAAGAGAAGGAAAAAGAAAAGCACAAAGUCAAAGCUGAGGAGGAGAAGAAACCCAAGGUGGCUCAACCACCAAAACAAACCCAACAGAAGAAAGCCCCAGCUAAGAAAGCAAACAGCACAACCACAGCUAACAGGCAGCCCAAGAAAGGAGGCAAACAGGCAUCUGCAACCUACGACUCGGAUGAGGAGGAGGAAGGGCUGCCCAUGACCUAUGACGAGAAAAGACAGCUCAGCCUGGACAUCAACCGCCUGCCCGGGGAGAAGCUGGGCAGGGUGGUUCACAUCAUCCAGUCCCGGGAACCUUCCCUCAGAGACUCCAAUCCCGAUGAGAUUGAAAUAGAUUUUGAAACCUUGAAGCCCACAACGUUACGAGAACUGGAGAGAUACGUGAAAUCUUGUUUACAGAAAAAACAAAGGAAACCAUUUUCUGCCAGUGGCAAAAAGCAAGCAGCAAAGUCAAAAGAAGAGUUAGCUCAGGAAAAGAAGAAAGAACUAGAAAAACGGUUACAGGACGUCAGUGGGCAGCUAAACAACAACAAGAAACCUGCAAAGAAAGAGAAAUCCGGCUCCACUCCCUCCGGAGGCCCCUCCCGGCUCAGCAGCAGCUCCUCCUCCGAGUCCGGGAGCAGCAGCUCCAGCGGCUCCAGCUCGGACAGCAGCGACUCGGAAUGAGCUGGGACACUGGGACACAGCCCCCACUCGGACACCCCCUGCUCUGCAGUGUCCCCUCCCCUCCUUAACCCCCUGCUCUCGGCCACGCUGGUCAGGUUUUAUCCCCUCUCUCUCUCCUCUGACUUUUUUAUUUUAUUUUUUAACUCAGUGUUACAAAAGGUAUUUUACUUUUUUUUUUUUUUUUUUUUUUUGGGGAGGGGGGAGUGGGCUCUCUUUUAAUAGGUCAAAGAUCUUUGAGUGUGUGUGUGUGACUAGACUUUAUGACAAAUAGUUCCCUUUGCAUAAAGUCUCUAAAAUUUACAUUUAUCUGGAGAAAAUUGGUCGAAAAUGGAAGAACUUUGAGCUCUUAGCAGGAGAUAAAUAGAAAAUUCUGCAAGGUUUGUAGUACAUUUCCCUCCCAGCCCUUCCCUCUCCCCAGAAUAUUUUCUUUCAAUAAGCCUGCCUGGCUCACACAAGGUAAAAACCAUCUUUUUUUAAAGAAAUCUCUGUAAAAUGGUACUGUAUCUGAAAGAUGUUAGCUUUUGAACUAGUUGGUGUAUUUGUUAUUAGCACUAGUAUUCUUAAUCUCCAAGUCUACAGUGUGAUGAAAAUGUCAGAUGCUAUCAUCUUUUUACAUAAAAACAACAAAAAAAAAAUCCAAAAAAAUUCUCAUGUACUGUGGAUUGCUAACAUGCUUUUUUUUAAAUCUUGGUAGAGGCAUAGGCACCUGUUCAGGAAGGUCUUGAAGCAUGAGUUUAAAUUUUAAGCACACGAGCAAUAGAAGUGGUUGCAUUUCUUGGUUUUCCACUCAAAAGCUUCACUUUUCCUGGGGAUUCAUUGGGAAGAAGGGAGCAAGGGACACACUCAAGUUUCUUGGGAAUGUUAUUUUUACCAUUAAAUAGAUAAUUUCCAGGAAAUGGGACGCUCUCUAUGAAAAGUUUUCAUGGAAUUGACAGGAGGUUUUUUUUUUUUGGCUGGAAGUUGUCAGCUGGAGCCUGGAGUGCUCCCUGCAGUGACCAGGACAGGUCAUGUGCCCAUUACUUGGGCAUUUUCUCCAUGACCAACACCUCAGUCUGGGCUUAAAAUAAAGCAGCACUUGAGCUCCAGCUGAGGCUGAGCUGGCAGGGGAAGUGGAGAGGGAUUUUGUGUGUGUUUGGGCUUUUUGCUUUUGGGUUUGCUUUGGUUUUCUUCCCUCUCCUCAUCGUUCUGGUAGCGAGCUCCUAGAGAGGGGAUGCUCCUCCUGUGUCAGGCAGGGUUCCACUUCCAGGCACUGAAAUGUUUUUACCUCAAUGAAAAGAAGAAAGAGGGGAGGGAGAAGAAAAAAAAAAAAAAAAAGCUGAUUUUUUUAAAGCUUGCUGUUUUUUUUCAGUCCAGCCUAAUGUUUUGACCUGCACUGCUGCAAUACACCCUGGUUUCAGUGUCCCUAAUUUCAUGUAUAUACCAUGACUUUAUUUAUUAAACACCAUUGGUUGUUUAAAAUGUAAUAAAACCUAACAAAAGCAAAGCUGGGGUUCUGCAGGCCAGCAGACAGGAAGACUUUUAAUGAGGUUUAAAUCAGAUAAAAAACAAAACAAACAACAACAAAGCAAAUAAACCCCCACAACUUUAUUUAUAUACCUUGGACUUUCUACCUACAGGUGCUACAGUCCAGUCUCUUGUGUGUUUGGUGCUCUGUCAUGUUUGGUGUGUUAAUUUUUAGAUUUUUUUUCCUCCUCUUUUCACCCCAGCCCCCUUUUUUCCUGUUUUGUACAGAUUUUGGAGACAUACACUUCAAUACAAUUUUAUUUUCUCAGUGGUCUUUUUUCCUCCCCUCUUUUUUUGUUUUGGUAGAACAAUGGGGGCUUUAUCCUUUUGUAACACAAUUUUAGGAAAACACCAGUUCUAUAAUUAUACCAAAUUUGUAAUCUGAAGGGCAGAAAUUUUAUUGUAAAUUCUUUUUAUUGUAAAGAAAAAAAAAAUACACAGUUCAACAGAAAGUUCUGCCUUUCCAUCUCCAGCACCAGCCCUUAAAACUGCCUCUCCCCUGAGGGGUAGCCCUAAAAUUCACCUUCUGUGCUCUCCCAGUGGUGCAAAUUGCUCCAGAUUUUAUUUUCCCUGCAGGUGAGUGGUCCUGGAGCCCCUCAGGAGCUGGGCAGGAGCUGGGGGAUGUCCCUGUGCUGGCAAUCUGGGAAUCCCUGCCUGCUGUAGCAUUCCAAGGUCUGCACUUCCAGCUGCACCCCUGCCCAUCAGCCAAGGGUGAUUUGCUGGACACUUGGGCCUCUCAAAAUUCAAAGAAAAAUGUUCUGCUUUUUUUCUGAAAUUCAUUAUUUUUCUUUUCCAUUAACAAUAGAGGUCAGUUUUGAUUUUUUUUUUCUUUUUUUUAAGUUCUGCCCUUACAAAACCCUCCCCCAGACAGAUCCCUGGUAAUUUACUAUGAGGAAAUGUAAUAUUCACCUAAUUAAGAGCUUGGGUUUUUUUUUAACGGGGUUGGGUUUCACCUGUGUUUCUCCUGUUGCCUGCGACUUGAAUGAUCAAAACCAAGGAAUAUUUUAAGGAAUAAUUGCAACCAAUUCAUUGCCAUGGCUUUUGGAUAAACAAACUCCCAGUUUUCCCUUCCUGGGGCCUUUCCCUGCGUGCUUGACCCUGAGCUGUGGUGGUGGCUUCCGUGGGGAGGACGAACCGGAGGCGACAGCAUCACUGCCACAAAAAAACCUGGGAAUUUCAGCUCUGGCAUCAUCCUCUGCCAUCAGGAACAGCCCCUGGAACACACAGACAUCCCUCAAGGAGCCACGGGGCUGCCCCACCAGAAUUAGCUGGGAAAGCUGGAGCCGGGGGUUGAGAACCACGUGUGAGGUGAUGGGAAGAGGCAUGGCCUGAGGCUGGCUCAGCGCUGGAGGAUCCCUGUUUGAGCUGGAAAACCAUCCCAGCCUGGGGGUUUUCCAGGAAAACAACCUGCCAAGGCCACCACGGGAUGGGGAGAAUCUGCUGCACGUCUUUGAUCCACCAGCUGCAACUUGGGCUUCCACUUAUUGGGAAACUUGGCGUGGAAAGUGAAGUGUUCCCAACAGAAUGGAGCAAGGAGAAAUCCAUUUUGGCAUGACUGAGGGAAGAAUUUGGUGACUCCUCACUUCCAAAUGCUGUCCUUAAACUUUUCCAUUCCCAGCUUAUUUGUAGUGCUCUUUAUCCCCACCAUGUCCAUGGGGGUGCCUCCUGUACAUCCUGAGUUUCUCCAGGAAAGAAAAGAUGUUUCCAGUCCAGAGUGAGUAGCAGCAGUCCUAAAAGAGUUGGGAACUGAAGCAACAGAGCAUUUAUUUAACUGGGUUUUAUUGCAUGACACGUCAGUCCAGAUAUCACAAAAUAACUUGGAAACCAUCAAACACACAACGUUUGAAGAACAUUUUUAAACUUAAGAAUAAAAAAAAAAAAAAGAAAAAAAAGGAAAAAAAAAAUUAAAAUUUUUAUGGUAGAAUUUUUCUUGAAUGAACAAAGUUUAACUUUGUUUUCCAGGGGAAACUUCACUGAAAUCAGUAUGAUUUCAUAUGUAUGCAUACACACAGAGUUUUAUUGAAACUGCUUUUUUCGGACGAAUUCCUGUUUUGACAAAAUAUCUGACCAGACCUUUCUCAAUCAACCAGCAUUACUGCACCUUUUAAAAACUUUGUGAACCUUUUCUCUGAUUGUAAACUCAGCCUGUCUCGUGGCUCAGUGGGACCAGAGGGAGAUCCCCAGCCCAGCGACCGAAGGAAUCUCUCAGCUCUCUGCACACCAAAUGUGUCAUCUACACAACAAAAUCAUUUCAGUUUUGGUACUGAUGUGGUUUGAACCUUGCCUACCCCCAGGGUUUGGAAGUGUGGGAGUGAUGUUUCAGGGCUGUGUCACUGCUGGGGGGGUGGUGACCCCCAAACACACACAAACAUCAUUUCUGUGUGUGGGAAUCCACAGCUGAGUUCCCCCUGAGCUCUCUUCCCUCUUCUCUGUGUGGCAGAAGCAGACUGCAGUUACCUAACCUGGUUCUUUCUCUGCUUUGGGGACUCUUAGAGCAGUUUUUAAUUUUGGGGUUUUUUUUCCUUGUUUUGAAAGGAAUGAUUUUUUUUUUUAAAGCUGGGGUUGGAGCUGAGGGGAAGGGAUUGGGGCAUGACAAAGACAAACCACAACCUUUUUAGUAGUGGAUUUUAAAUUCUCAGUCUCUUCUUAACCUUGAGCAGUUGCCACUAGGGCUAACUGUGGGCAGGCUCUGCAUCAGUAAAGAGAAAUUUAGGAUUCCUUACACAGCAGCAUUAUCUUGCUUGAGCUGCAUUUUGUAAAGAAAAUGGUAUUUGCAUAUCUUUUUAAAAUGUCAUUUUUAAAAAAUAAAUUAAACCACCAGCUAGGAUUUGACACAGGCCACUUAGAACACAGCCCUGAUACUGGCAUAACCAAUCCAGAAAGAUUUGUUGUUGUAUUUUUUGUUUUGUUAUUUUGGGGUUUUUUUAAUAUUUAAAAAAUAAAAGAAAUUGUUACUUUUCUGUAUGAUGUGCAUGCAAAUUUACCGUAACUCUUUUUCUUAAAACUUUUUAGUGCCAUUUCUAGUAUAUUCCUGUAAAUGUCAGUUAUUGAAAAGAAACGAGUCAUUGUAAGUAGUUUAGCUUGUUUAUUGCAAAUUGCUGGCCUCAAACAAAACAGAAUUUAAAAAAAAAAAAGAGUUAGAAAGUAAUCUUUGAUGUUACUGGUAAUCACAGACCCUGGUCCUGGGGCAUUCGUUUUGUUUUCAUAAUAAAAAGAAAAAUUGUUUGGUGUG